CAGUUUCCAUGAGCUGGAGGAGGUCUGGGGAGGGGGGCUGGACAUUCCUCUCAUACUGCAGGUCAGGCGGACAGACAGGGGGGUUGGAGGGCUUCCUGCCACUUCUCUUGGACGCCACCGCGACUUUCUUUACAGUUAAAAAUGACAUUUAUGGAGGACGACAAAGACUCUCCCGGAGAAAGGAUUAAAACUCGGGGCUACACCCACGACUGAGCGGCCAAGUUUUUCAUUAGAGGCGAGUUUGUGGAGGAGCUGCUUGAGUCCCGAAGAUAAAGGAAGAAAAAGAUGUUUGACGAAAUUCAGGGACCGGAAAAGUAAACGGAAGAAACUGUCUAGAAAGGACCUGCAAAAAGGCCAGGACCCACCUGCAGCCACCAGACUUGUAGCACCUUCCACUGACCUUACACCUCCAUCGACAACAACAUCAUCAGCUCCAUUAACCCAGGUAACUCAGUGGACCUGUUGCAGCAUCACAACAUGAGUAGCUGGUCCCACUGACGCCUUCUGGAGAGCGCAGCGAGAGCAGCCACACGGAUGUUUCGGAAAAAAGCAUCUUCCUCCUUGAGAAUGAGAAGGAUAACAGAAACUGCUAGAUGGAGAAUAGACCGUGGGCGAAGUUUGUCCUUCCAUGAGGUACGUGGCCAGCGUGAGGUGGAGAUGAGGGCUGCAGCUGAAGAGUCCUCCAACAGCAGCAAUAGUAUAGGAGGUGGCAGCAGCACUGUCCUACAGCGCCUCCUACAGGAGCAGAUAAGCCGCAAUUAUGUGCUGCAACAUCAGCAACAACAACAACAACAAGCAGGAGGAAGUGCAGGAGCUGGAAGUGGAGGAGGCUACUCAGUACAGGGACAGGUAGGACCCUCUGAUGAUCACUCCAUGACUCCACACAUUGCUCGACAAGAGCCCCAGGGACAAGAGUUGCAGACAGACAAUGGUUUAGAGAAGCUGGGCUCCACCAGAGUAGGAGGUGGAGGCGGAAACAGUGUUGGGGGAGGAGGUUUAGGGACUGGAGGAGGUGGAAGUAGCAGUGGAGGUGGUGGGAGCAACCAAGGGCAGUGUCUGAACUCUGAGGACCUUCCUACAUAUGAAGAGGCCAAAGUGCAGUCACAAUACUUUCGUGGCCAUGUUCCUCCUCCUCAACCGCAGCAACAGAACAGCCAGCCUCAGCAGUCUCCUCUUCCCACCUCAGUGGGCGCUGCCUUCUAUGUCACUGGGGUGAACAGUGCCAAGGUGCGCACCGAGGGUCGCCCCACAGUGCAACGAGUGGGUGGUGCAGGAAAGGUACACCAGGAUGAUGGACUAAAGGAUCUAAAGCAAGGCCAUGUUCGGUCUCUCAGUGAACGACUUAUGCAGCUGUCUUUGGCAACCAGCGGUGUGAAGGCUCAUGCUCCUGUCACCAGCACCCCACUCUCACCCCCACUGCCUCCUCCAGGGCCACCUGGUGACUAUUACAAAUCGCAGCAUCGUGGCCCACCUCCAGACUACCCUUUUAAAGGAAUGGGUUCGCCCACCAAACAGCAGGAGCCUGGAGGCCAUUUUUACCAGGAACAGAGAGGGAGAGAACACUCGAGGGAGGUGCCUCAUGUCCGAUACCAGCCCCCACCUGAUUAUGGCUCAUUCAGGUCCAGCAAGGAGGGCUUGGUUCAUUCUCAGAGGCCCAUUCACCAGCAUAGUCCCACCUCCUCUGUCACCUCCAUGGGUUCCUUGUCUCGAGCCCAGUCCUCCACCAUCAGCAGCUUGCUUAGUGCCUCCCACUCAUCUCAUCCUUCCUUCCCUCAUCAGCAAUCCCAGAGUCAGGGAGAGACCUUCCCAAGCAUGGGGCCUCGUAGCCCACAGAGUACUGGCUCCCACCAGGUGGCCGAGCCCUUCACGCCAGUGCCUAUUCAUCCAACACCACAGAGGGGUCAUGGUUUCUCUCUUGACCCUUAUGGUUCCACCCCAAGGAUGCAGCAGCAGCAGCACCACCACCAUCAUCAUCCAUAUCAACAACAACAGCAGCAGCAACAGAUCCAAGGACCUCCACCACUCCAGCUGCCAAUCCAAGCUGGACAUUUCCCCAUGCCACAUUCCUAUUCCCACCUGCAGGGGGAACCCUUUGCAAUGAUGACCCGAGCCAAUCAGAUGGUGAAUGUAUUGACCGAGGAGAACAGGUUGCUGAGGCAGGAGAUGGAGGCCUGUCGUGAGAAAGUCACCAGGCUGCACAAGUUGGAAACAGAGAUACAGUUGGUAUCGGAAGCCUAUGAAAACCUUGCUAAGUCCUCCUCCAAGAGGGAGGCCCUGGAGAAAACCAUGAGGAACAAGCUGGAGCUGGAGGUGCGUCGACUGCACGACUUCAACAGGGACCUCCGAGAGCGCAUGGAGACAGCCAAUAAGCAGCUUGCUGCUAAAGAGUGUGAUGGCUCAGAGGACAACCGCAAAACCAUCUCUCAGCUGCUCACGCAGAACAAAGAAACACUGCGUGAAAAGGAGAAGCUGGAGAUGGAACUGAAUGCACUGCGCUCUACCACAGAGGACCAGAGGAGACACAUCGAGAUCAGAGAUCAGGCACUUAACAACGCCCAGGCGAAAGUGGUCAAGCUGGAGGAAGAGCUGAAAAAGAAGCAGGUUUAUGUUGAGAAGGUGGAGCGGAUGCAGCAGGCUCUGGCUCAACUCCAGGCAGCCUGUGAGAAGAGAGAACAACUUGAACAUAGACUUCGUACAAGACUGGAGAGAGAGCUGGAGUCACUACGCAUGCAGCAGCGUCAGGGAGGCUCACAAAACAGUGGUGUGGUCCCAUCAGAGUACAAUGCAGCAGCCCUUAUGGAGCAUCUGAGAGAGAAGGAGGAGCGGAUCCUGGCUCUCGAGGCUGAUAUGACCAAAUGGGAGCAGAAAUACUUGGAAGAAAGUGUGAUGAGGCAGUUUGCUCUAGAUGCUGCCGCAUCUGUUGCCACUCAGAGGGAUACCUCUGCAGCAGUGAUAAACCACUCUCCCAGCAACAGCUACGAUACUUCGGUUGAGGCUCGAAUCCAGAAGGAAGAGGAAGAGAUUCUCAUGGCCAAUCGCCGCUGUCUGGACAUGGAGAGCAGAAUAAAGAAUCUUCAUGCGCAGAUCAUUGAGAAGGAUGCCAUGAUCAAGGUACUCCACCAGCGCUCUAGGAAGGAGCCCAUUAAAUCAGAUGUACCAUCUGCCAUGAGGCCCUCUAAGUCCCUGAUGUCCAUCUCCAACACUGGCUCUGGUGGUUCAGGACUUCUCUCUCACAGCCUGGGACUCAGUAGCUCACCAAUCACAGAAGAACGCAAGGACACUAGCUGGAAGGGCAGUCUGGGGGUUCUACUGAGUCCUGAGUUUCGCACUGAGUCUCUCCGGACAGAGUCAAUUUCAUCCUCCCCCUCCCCAGUACUGCCAUCAACACCAAUGACUGCAGGCCAUUCGAAGACAGGCAGCAGGGACAGCUGCACACAAACUGACAAAGGUCAAGGUCAGGACACCAGCAAGCCCAGCACUCCAGCCCUCCAGAGCAUGACAUUGCCAGCCCGUCUGUCCAGCCCCAGCCCUGUCUACAUCCCUGACCGCAUAGCAGAUGUACCGGUGUUCCACAGCAGCACCCUGGAGCGGAGGCUCCCUGUGCAGGCUCACCCAUCACAUCAGGCUCUUCCUCCAGCCCCACUCUCACAACAGGAAGUAGACACAGACAUGGUGGAGAUCCUCAUCUGAUCCCAUUGCUCUGGAAGUAAACAUUAUCCAAGUGAGUGACAAGAUGGUAGCUUCAUCAGAAGAAACGUCACAAGACAAGUAAACCAACCAUCCUGGCUCAUCCUUCUAAUGUGCAGCUCUGUUUAUGUUGACAGAUCUGCAGUGAGACAAUUUUAAACCUGUGUUUACAUGCAAAUUAACUCAAACACUUUCAGUCUCACUGGAGGUUUUACACAAAACCUCCAUCCCUUCGCUGAAUCAUUGUUUCGCUUUAUACUAGAUGAUAAAUGAUGAAGAAAGGAAUCAGAAAGCAAAAAGGACAACACCCCUACCUGUCUCAUCUCAGUUAUUCUAAAAGCGUGUGUGAAUGAAGUGGUGACUGGAACUAAAAAUGCCACAGUUCAUAGCCUCAUAUUUAUUUUUCUAAUGCAACUUUAUAAGAUGCCUUUGGCACUGUCUUGUCCACAGUGAUGGGGAAGGUUAACUUUGUGAAUGGUUGUGAAGGAGCAAGAAAGGUUGGUCCGACCAUUUUCAUUAGUGUGUAUGCCUUGAAAAAUUCAACACAAUUAACGGCGAAAACAAUAUGAAAAGGACAAACCGGAGAGCCAUAGUCCUUGUCACAAUGAGGAUACACAUCAACACACACAUACACAGGUAUAUUUUUAGCUUUAACAUUGAGGUGAAGGAUUUCUUUUGUCACUCUUGGUGUUUCUUGGUGUGACUCUACUUUUUGACCUAUUAAAUGUACACACUGUUACAUAGUGUACAGCUUACUGUGGCACCAGUAGUUCUGCACAUUUGGAAACAUUUGGAACAGUACCAUGUAAACAUUUUUUCUUUUACAACAUGCAAGCAAAGGUCUUGAAAGAAGCAGCAGCUUGUUCCUGCUUUAUCUUUAAACUCUCCUGUAUAGUGUUGAUGGAGGUUAGCUUAGGUGGACCAGAUAUACCGGCUACCUUUUGCUGCACUGCUUAUGUUUCAAGAGUGUUUGUUUUUUGCUAUAUUACUUUAAGAAGUCUGACUCAUUAGGUAUUGUAUGUAUGUGUGAAGCUUAUUUUUAUUUUUUACUGUAGUUAGAUGUGGCACUUGGGUAAUUAGAAAAUAUGUAAACUAGUAAUAUGCUGAAAAAACAUUAACUAUGUAAAUAAGGUAUUCGCAUUGUUUAUGUACUGAUUGUGUAUCUGUGUGUUGUGUAGGGUGUGUUAGAUUUUCAGAGUUACUGAAUUAGUAAGUUUAGAUGUAGCCCUUCAGACAGCAGACUUGUGAAGUUCCACGUUUGUUGCAAACUAAGUGGCAUCUCAUUUGCCCUGUUUGUUACUGGCACAACCAUCACAUGGGUACUGGUAAUAAGAAAAAGCUUCCUGAGUAAUACUGCUUGAUUUAUUGAGCUUUGCUAUUUUUGUUAUCUAAUUUUGCAAAUUUGGCACAAAAUCUGCUCUACACCUUCUCCCUGUGCACAUGUAGGAAACCCUGAUCAGUGUAGCUGCUGUUAUAGUUGCAUCUGUUUUCAGUGACAACAAAUGCUCAUUUGCUGCCAGGGAUGAAGUAAGAAAUAUACCUGGAUGGUUUUAGCUAUUUUGAAAACAAAAAAGUCCUUUUCGCUUGGGCAAACAGAGAAUGGUUCUUUAACUUUAAAAAGAUGAUAGCCUAGCAACCUUUCCUUUUGAAACAUAAGACAUCUGAGGUGAAAAUGCUGCGUGGGUCAGUACACAUACACACCCAUUGCAAGGUCUUUAUUACAUCCCAAGAUGGAAUGUGAAUUCAACAGCAGCAAGGAGGGACUGAGAGUCUGAUGUUGAGCUUUGUUGGCUGCCUGCAUUACUGGCUAUAGUCACUCUCAUUCAGGAUCUUCUUCAUUAUUGUAUGUAUUCAUUCAACAGUUCAUUUCAUAUGUUUGAAAAGCAAGUUUGAGGUGUAUCUUUUAGCAUGAUGCACAUCAUAUCAUAUCAAAGGUGACAUAAGAAUGUUCACUUACUGUAAAUAUUCAGAUAUUUUGGUACUCGUAUUACCGUGCCUACAAUCUAUUUAACCAGUGAAUAGAUCAAAACAAACCAUGAGAAAUAGAUCAAAACAAACCAUGAGAAGAACUUGCAGACACCCUUUCAUUGAGUUCGGGUUUCAUUCAUAGGUUGUUGAUGUUCACACUAAAUGAAUGCAACGAUGAACGAAGUUCCUUUAUUGUCUCUCAAAGUAUCAUUUGCAUUACCUUUUACUAUGCACAGUAGUGCUGGCUUCCACUGGAUUACAGGGGUAGCCUCUAAACCCAGCAUCUUAUGCUCUUGACCAAGGUUGACAAAAAUUGAUUUAUGUUGUCUUUGUAGACAAAAUCCUUAAAAUAAACUUAAAAUACUACCUCCAACUUAAAAAAAAUCAGCACAUAUUCAGUCUUAAAAUAGAUGAAAUAGUCUUCAAGUAGGGUAAUGUCAUUGCCCAAGAAUUUUGUUGAAGUGAUAAUAUCAUGAGACAAAUGUUUUCAGUUAUUUCAAUAUGUUGGUAUACAAGUGUAGUGUACAAAAUUUUGCAUAGUACCUGUUAUGUGACUUGUGGCUAGUUCACCCAGUUCCAGGCUGUAGCAGCAGUACAAAAAAAUCUUCCACUUUAAAAUCAAGACUGAAGAUGUCAAUUGAAAACCAAAAAUGUUGGACCAAAGAAGGUAAGAAUGGUCAGCACACUGAUGUAAUUUCAAAGACAGUAGGAGGAUUCUACUGAAGAAAAAUUCUUCACAGAACUUAAUUAGAAAUGCACUGAUGUUUUGUAACUGAAUAUAUAUUACAUAUACUUGAGACCAAAACAAAUGCUGUUAUUUUUCCCCACUGCAGAGAUCUACAAUCCUUGUGUGUGAAAUCUUUUGAAAAUGAAGUUGCUUUGUUUCCUGGUACAGAGCAUGCAACAGUAUAUUUUGACUGGAACCUUUUUAUAUAGCAGCAGCACAUUUCAGCCGUCCAGACAUGUUAUUCAUAGAGAUUUGUAGCCAUUAUGGAAUUGAAUGGAAAAAGCAUAAUGCUAAUGUUCAUGUAUAUUUGUGUUCAUAAUUUUGCCAGCUGUUUGUUAAGGUCCUUUAUGCUGUUACUGUAAAAUAUCUGUGUGUUUUCGUGUGGGCUUAGUUGAAAUCUUGAUGAAAAUGGACCCUGUGGAAACUAUAACACCUCAGGUGGAACUAUUGCAGGGUGAUGAUAGACUGGAACCUUCAGGAAGCUAUCAAACAGCUUUAUUUUCAGACUGAUGGUAGUUAAGUUACUAAAAGUGUUUCAAAAGUUAAAACCAUAUGAACCAUUUCCUUAAAGUAGAAAGAAGUACUUAGACUCCAAGCCUUGAGACAAACACAUUCCACAAAAUGUUGUGACCUUUGGAGCCUCUUUCACUUAGACCAGAGUAUUUCAAAAUACAAAAAUUUUCUUUACGUGAUUGGCUGCAGAAGUUAAAACACCAAAUAGUGAAAGGAUUUAUCAUUGGGUUGUGUAUUAUUUUAUUAAAGCACAGCAUUGUUCAAAUUGAAAUCUUGUCUUACAACUACUGUUGUAGAGCUCCAACAAACUUCACAGCGUGAGCUGAUAAAAUAUCUAAGGGUUUAAUCAGACCUACAUGAAAAAGAAGAAAUUGAUUUGCUAAAAUUCUUACAAAUGAAGUAACUGCUUUAUGACAAAUAGUAAUUUAUCAUUUUAAGGUGUAUGCAGUGUCAAUUCAGAGGUAUGCCUACUUGUUAAUCAUUCCUUCAUGGUGUGUCUCUUGUACGAUGUUUUUGUAAUUUAGUCCUGCCUGAUGCAGAGUGUUUUGUUUUCGAACCACAUUUUAGAUGGCCCUGCCUCACCUGGACUAUCUAAUAGUCUCCCAUAUGCACACAAACCAGGGUGACUGCAUUUUUUGAAAAUAAUGACCUUUGACAACAUUUCUUAACUCCUACAACCUAUGCAGUUACUACUUAAACUCAAAAGCCGUUUGACAUGCCUUUGAACAUAUCAUGAUAUAGACAAAUGGUGUUUUUUGUACACAUGCAGAAAAUUUGAGUUUAAAUCUUUAUCGGGUGCUUGUCAUAAAACAUUUCUGAACUGCCAUAUCAGAAAUUAAAAGCACUGGCUAUUACAGAUGCAGGGUUACAUCAGCUGUUUGCCAAUAAUGGAACAAAUGCCUGGUAAAGAAAAGCUCAGUUCAAUCAUUGUGAAGUACCAACCGCAAACAAAUAAUAAAAAUGUCCAUGUCUGUAUUGUAGAGACUCCUAUUUAGGGUAACACCUUUCUAGUCUGUUUGUAUACAUGCUGCUUAAUGUUGUUAUUGCUGUACAAUCACACUUAUGAAAGCAUAAAAGCAAUUUUUGAUUAAUCGUCUUUUUUUUUAACGCAACAUUCCUUUGAAAUGGUUUGUAAUAGCUGAAUGAUGUGGGACAGUAUCUACAGUGUCACAAGGAAGACGGCAUGAAUUUAUAGGACUACUGACAACUGUUUAAACCCGAUGUCAGACAUGCUAUAAAAUGUACAAGGUGUGGUUGUUGAAUGAGACUAGGUUUAUGCCAGUUGUUUAUGCACAAAUUAUUGGGAAAGCAUCUACAGUCCUGAAAGGUUCAAUCUGCUGAAAUUAAAUAAAAAUUAAUUACAGCAUUAA